UCAAGAUGGACGAUGGCGUGGAGCCGCGAUCAUGCGCUCAAGCUGACGACUUCAGAGGCACCCGCGUGGCACUAGCAUGGUAGGUAAGGGACCUGUAAGCUAAAUACUGCUCCACGGUCACAAGGGAGUUCACAUGCACUGCUUCUCGGGCCAAACUGGUCAGCCUUAUUCACGAUGGUAACGCCAAGCACAUCAGCGCUUCUCUUCGCUCUGCCUCAGAGUAUGUUCUCUUAGGCCAGAGAUAACCACCAGUCGUCAGUAUGCCGCAACGUUAUCAGCCUGGUUACCGAAGUGUAGCUUACUACGUGAAUUGGGCCAUAUAUGGCCGCAACCACCAACCACAAGAUAUACCGGCUGAGAAGCUCACGCAUGUAUUAUAUGCAUUUGCAAAUAUACGUCCGGAAACAGGCGAGGUCUACUUGACCGAUACUUGGUCGGACACGGACAAGCAUUACCCUUCAGACUCCUGGAAUGAGACUGGAAACAAUGUGUAUGGCUGUGCGAAGCAGCUAUAUCUACUCAAGAAGCGCAAUCGCAACCUGAAGAUGCUUCUCAGCAUUGGGGGCUGGACAUACAGCUCAAACUUUCCUGCUCCCGCUUCAGAAGAGCAAGGUAGGCGGACCUUUGCGCAGACAGCUGUUCGAUUGCUCAAAGACCACGGGUUUGACGGCUUGGAUGUUGACUGGGAGUACCCAAAGUCUGAAGCAGAGGCCGAGGACUUUGUCCGAUUGUUGCAAGCAGUAAGGCAGGAGUUAAAUCAGUACUCACGCUCUGUCCCGGAGCAGCCUCAUUUCCUGCUGACGGUGGCAUCCCCCGCGGGCCCUUCGAACUGCCACUGGCUUAAGCUAAAGGAAAUGGAUCGCUGCCUGGACUUCUGGAAUAUGAUGGCUUACGACUUCGCGGGGUCAUGGGAUCAAAAAGCGGGCCAUCAAGCGAAUGUUUUCCCUUCCAAGCAAUGUCCCCAGGCAACUCCGUUCAGCAUUGACUUCGCAGUCAAGUACUAUAUUGAGCAUGGAGUGCAGUCGAGUAAGAUCGUUCUUGGAAUGCCCCUUUACGGACGAGCAUUCCAAAACACCGAUGGUCCGGGUAGCGGGUUUAGUGGCGUCGGAGAGGGAUCGUGGGAGAAUGGUGUGUGGGAUUACAAGGCACUCCCGCGGCCCGCUUCGGAGCUUCACCAUGACAAUGAGGCAACAGCAUCGUGGUGCUACGAUCUUGGAACCCGCACUAUGGUGUCUUACGACACUCCACAAGCUGCCACCCAGAAGGUAGAAUACAUCAAGCGGAAUGCACUCGGCGGUGCGAUGUGGUGGGAGACAAGCGGAGAUCAGCCGAUUAGCCAGCCUGGGAGCCUGAUUAGGAUUGUUGUUGAGGGCCUCGGUGGCUUCGAAGGACGGCACAUGGAGCGCGCAGACAACGUGCUUCAGUAUCCAGAAAGCAAGUACGACAAUUUGCGGAAUGGCAUGCCAGGCGAGUAACAAGCCAGAUAAUACGAAACGUCACUCCACUUACCUCGUGGGCAACUACAGCCCCGUGAGAACCUCAAUAUCGACAAUUUGCGGAAUGGCAUGCCAGGCGAGUGACAAGCCAGAUAAUACGAAACGUCACUCCACUUACCUCGUGGGCAACUACAGCCCCGUGAGAACCUCAACAUC